AUGAUUCCUGCUGCUUCUACUACUACACGAGUGUCGCCGAUGGCUUGGGCAUGUUGGAUGCUGCUUGGUGCAGCCACGCUUGCCCGAGCCUCCAGGCAACUUGCGAUGCACGAGGCGAGCUUCUAUGAGGAUCAGAUCAUGAAGGCCGCAGCCGGAAACCCUGCAGUGCCGUUUGACAACCAAUGGUUCAUGAACCAUUGCGAUCUUUCUGAGUUUCACGAGGACAGGAUCUUCCACAGACCAGAGUUUCGCUACAGUACGAACCCCAUCAUUGACGACGCCAGAUGGAAGAUGGGCAUGAAGUGUGCUGAGAACGGUGAUGGCCGCGAACCGGAGAUCAUCCCGGACAUCGAAGCUGGCCACGACUGUGCACAGAGGUGCUGGCAGAGGGCCGAUCAGCUGAAGGGAACCGUGGUAUGCUGCGAGCAUCAUGAGGACAAGUCGCAGUGCGAAGUGCGUGUCGGCUGGCAGGCUCUGCAGGAGUCGGAAUAUGCAAAGAAUUGGCUCAACGUGAAGAACUGGCCAAUCUUCGGCCGACGCGUGAAGAAAGCGCGCCUCCUCUUUGCCCCGGACCUCAAUAGUGAUGAUGCGGAAGACAACGAUGCGGCGUCUGAAAGCGAACAAAUCCAGCUGGCAGAAGAAGGGCGCGAGCACGUGCGUAAGCUGGUGGAGCAGGUCAAUCACCUGUCCAUAGAUGGAAUUCUCGACCAUCUGCUCUCCUUCUAUGUCUGCAUGCGCUAUCUGCCGGAUGAGGAGUUCGUGGAGCUUGCGAAAUACGAGAUGGAAAAGGUGGCAGUGGACCAUGCCACGCCGGCGGUGGGGCACAACGUGACUCGUCAAGAGAUCUACGAGGAGUGCCGUGGCGAGCAAUGA